AUGUCGAUAGCAAUGGGAUGUGAUAAGGAAGAUUUGGAACAGCAACAUUUGCGCCGAUUAACGGUUAUUGCAGUUGCAUUCUCAACAGUAGCCGUUAUUGCUGCAGUAAUUACACUACCUGCAUUGCAUUUUUAUGUGCAAUCACUUCAUAGUCAUAUUAACGAUGAAACAGAAUACUGCAAGUCACGCUCACGCAAUAUGUUUGCCGAAAUGUCUGGAAUGCAACUGGCAAGUGUCCGACGUUUAAAACGUGAAUGGAUGUUUGGUCAUUGGAUGCCAAUCAGUGAAAAAAUUAAGCCUGAGCACGAACAUGCUACCGCUGCUGUAAUUAAUGCAGAACUGAAUGUCUGCUGCACAUGCAAUCAGGGACCAUCAGGAUCUGUUGGACCUGAAGGAGAUCCUGGCAAUGAUGGUAAAGACGGAAUCAAUGGCAAAGAUGGGAAAAAUGCCGCUGAUGCUCAUGUGAAACCAGCAGUGCAUGCUGAUAUCUGUCUCAUAUGUCCUCCGGGGCGUCCUGGUGUAUCUGGUAACAUGGGACCAAAAGGUCCACCAGGACCAAAAGGUACACCAGGAGAUCUACCGAAAGAUGGAAUACAUGGAGAAGCGAGUAUGCCAGGACAACCUGGAGCAAUCGGAAGACCUGGAAGAGUUGGACCACCUGGGACUCGAGGGGCACCAGGCCGAGUCAUUUACAUGACCGGUUCACAGGGACCACCUGGUCUUCAAGGUCCACAAGGGCCAACUGGUCCAAAAGGUAUUCCUGGAUCAGAUGGACAAUCCUUCCCAGGACCUCCCGGAUUAUCCGGAGAGACAGGACAAUCAGGACCAGAAGGGACUCCUGGAAAAAUGGGUCAACGUGGCGCUCCCGGUGAACCUGGAGAAUUCGGAACAUGCAAACAUUGUCCGACUCCAAGGAUAGCUUCUGGACUCUAA